AUGGCAGAUCGCUUCUCGGCACGCCUGCUGAAGCCCUUCGAGGGCGUCCCUCUUACAGAGGGUGCAGAGAAAAAGCUGAAGCGCAAUGCGGCUCUCGCGGAGGCUAGGAAGAAGUCGCUGAAGGCGGUUCGCGAGAAGAGGGCUGCCAAUCGACAUGCGCUCAAGCUUCGCACGUACAAAUACAUGAAGGAGUACAGGCAACAACGCGAGGAGCUUAUCAAGAACAAGCGGGAGGCCCGUGCUCAGGGUGGGUUCUACAGGGUGGCCGAGCCGAAGGUCGUUUUUUGCAUCCGUAUUAAAGGUAUCAAUAAGCUCGCGCCUAAACCUAGAAUGAUCCUCCAGCUCUUCCGCCUUCGUCAGCUGCACAAUGGUGUCUUCAUUCGCGUCAACAAAGCAACGAUGCAAAUGCUCCAGGCAGUCCAGCCCUUCGUCACGUAUGGCUACCCCAGUCUGUCGACGAUCCGCAAGCUAAUCUACAAGCGUGGCUACGCCAAGGUUGGUGAGCCCGGCUCGAAGCAGCGCAUCCGCUUGCAAAACAACGACAUAAUUGACAAGCACCUGGGCAAGUAUGGGAUCCACGGCAUUGAGGAUCUCGUGCAUGAAAUUUACACUUGCGGCCCCGCAUUCAAGCAGGCCAACGCGUUUCUGUGGACAUUUAAACUUUCUUCUCCUAGGAAAGGUUUCAAGUGCAAGCGCCACGGUUUCUGCGAACCCCGACCAGGUGACUGGGGUAACCGCCAUGAGCUGAUAAACGAACUCGUCAGGCGGAUGUGCUGA